AUGAAGAAGAAGAAGGAGAUGAGUUUCUUCAUAACAGAGGAUCUAUGGGCAAUGAUACUAGCGAGAUUACCGAUAAAAAUCAUCACCACUUCCAAACUAGUUUGCAAGCAAUGGAACUCACUCGUGGAGUCUCCUUUAUUCCGCAAACUUUUCAUGUCUCUCCAUCAAAACUCGCAUUCUUCAUGGUCACUCAUGUGCAGAGUCCUACCGGAACCGGAUGAUGAAGUCGUGGCUCACUACGGAUGCGAGACUUGGGGUCUUCAACGAUCUCUUAGCUCUUACAUCUCUUCUUUCUUAACCCACAGAUUCAAUACUCAAUACCCUAUUAUUACACUCGUCGAGGCUUACACCCAUGUUGGCUUGAUUUUGAUCACUUCUGGUGUAACAGACACUUACUAUGUGGCUAAUCCGAUUUCAAGACAAUGUGUCGAAAUCCCUCAUCCUCCUCCUCCUACACGUGGUCUUUUCUUCACCUCUGGACUUGUCACACAAAUUGAGAACGACGUUUUUUUAGGUUACAAAGUUGUUUUGAUGGAUACAAGUAACGUGUCUGUCCUGAGUUUACUGAUAUAUUCAUCCGAGACUGGCUUAUGGAGUUUCAAAACACUCCAAUCUCAUCUCCUUUUGUCUUCUCUGAAUGGUUUCAACCCCAUUAGCUUGAACGGAAGCCUUUACUGGAUCGGCGACUAUGGAGAGGUUCUUGUAUCCCAUGAUUUCUACGCUACUGGUAAUGAAUCUGAUCGAUGUCAAGCUACAGCUUUCCCUGACGUUGGAACCAAAACAAAUUUAAGAAGAGUUUGCACAACAUCUCAAGGAUUUAUCAUGUACAUGAACAUGGUCUCCCAAGUCAAAGAUGAUGGACAUGUAGAGCAUAAGUUACGUGUAUGGAGGCUAAAUAGCCCGGAAUGGCUAUUAGUAUCUGAAAUAUCUCCAGUUUGUUGUGAGACCGGUUUCAAUUACAUUCCACUGACGAUAAACCCUUUUGAUGCUAAUACAAUGUACAUGAUGUGCACGAUGCAUCAAUGUUUGGGGUCUACUAACUUCCAUGAAGACAAGUUUGGGCGUCACAAUAGCUUGGAUUGUUGUAAUGACUAUCAAACUCUGAGUUUUGUAGGCCUUUACCCCUCAUACAUUUCCAUGUUUGUUCUCCCGCGUUGGCUGCACAAGAUCCCUUCCUCGCCUUCAUGA